GACACGGUGGUGCCACCCAACCUUUGCCCUGUCCCCAGGCGGCGGGUGCCAUGGCGGUGGCCUGGGCGCUGUGUCCCCUGGGGGUGCUGGCUGUCAUCACCCUGCUGCUGGCCCUGCUGCUGCGGUGGCUUUGGGAUGUCGUGGUCACUGUCACCCGCUUCGGAGCCACCUGCCACCAACUGCGCCGCUUCCCCCGGCCGCCAUGGCAGAGCUGGCUGCUGGGUCACACUGGCAUGGGGAAGAGCACGGAGGAGGGGCUGCAGCAGGUGGAUGAGUUGGUGGCCCAGUAUUGUCACUGCUGCCUGUGGUGGCUCCUGCCGUGGUUGCCCAUCCUGCGCUUCUUCCACCCCAGCACCCUCCGCCCCAUCCUGAUGGCCCCAGCAUCCGUCGCCCCCAAGGACCAGCUCUUCUACGGCUUCCUCAAGCCCUGGCUGGGUGAUGGGCUCCUGCUGAGCGCCGGGAAGAAGUGGGCUCAGCACCGGCGCCUGCUGGCACCCGCCUUCCACCGGGAUGUCCUCAAACCUUACGUGGCCAUCUUCAACCGGAGCACCCACGUCAUGCACGCCAAGUGGCGGGCGGCGGCGGAGGCGGUGGGGGGCACAGUGGCGCUGGAGGUGCUGGAGCAGCUCAGCCUCCUCACCCUGGACACCCUCCAGAAGUGCAUCUUCAGCCAUGAAAGCCACUGCCAGGACUCACCACGGCCAGGGGGGUGGUGGCCCUCGGUGGCCCCUGGUGGCCACCCCCAGCGGUGCCCAGUGCCCCCCAGGCAGCCCAGCGAGUACAUCAAGGCCAUCAUGGAGCUGAGCACCUUGGUGGUGAGACGCCAGCGCCACCCGCUCCAUCACCCAACGUGGCUCUACCACCUCUCGGCUGACGGGCGCCGCUUUGCCCGGGCCUGCGCCACCGUGCACAGCUUCACCGCUGCCGUGGUGCAGCGGCGGCGCCAGGCCCUCGAGCGCCUUGGCCACCAAGCCUGGCUGGAGAGCCACCAGGGACGGAGCAUGGACUUCAUUGACCUUCUCCUGCUUGCUAAGGACGAGGACGGCAACCCCCUGUCGGAUGAGGACAUCUCGGCGGAGGCCAACACCUUCAUGUUUGAGGGCCACGACACGACGGCCAGUGGCUUGGCGUGGCUGCUCUACAACCUGGCCUGCCACCCCCACCACCAGGAGCGGUGCCGCCAGGAGGUCCACGAGCUCCUCAAGGGCAGGGAUGUGCAGGACAUUGAAUGGGAGGACCUGUCCCACCUGCCCUUCACCACCAUGUGCAUCAAGGAGAGCCUCCGCCUGCACCCCCCUGUCACCGCCGUGUCGCGGUGCUGCACCAAGGAUGUCACCCUGCACGAUGGACGCAUCAUCCCCAAGGGGGUCAUCUGCCUGAUGAGCAUCUACGGGACCCACCACAACCCCGACGUCUGGCCCGAGCCCCAGGUCUACAACCCAUUGAGGUUCAGCCCGGAGAACAGCAAGGAACGGUCCCCGUUGGCCUUCAUCCCCUUUUCCGCUGGUCCCAGGAACUGCAUCGGGCAGAGCUUCGCCAUGGCCGAGCUGAAGGUGGUGGUGGCACUGACGGUGACACGCUUCGCUGUCCGGCUGGACACGGGGCGGCCACCGCGGCGCAAGACCGAGCUCAUCCUCCGCGCCGAGGACGGGCUCUGGCUGCUGCUGGAGCCACUGCCAGGGGUGGCCUGAGGGACACGGGACAACCCGCAUGAUGGGUGGCCUGUCCCAAUGAGGAGCGGUGAAUAAAUGGUGGCACCAA